AUGGCAAUUACAAUAUACAAGAGAAUUCGCGACAUUUUCCAUAGCACGGUCAUGGCUCCAUUGGUGGUUGGAGAGGAGUAUUUCCCGGGGAUGCAGUAUCAGUCCGACGGCGAUAUUCUCAACGUCGUCCGCGACACCAUGAUGACCGUAUUCCACGCUGCCGGUACCUGCAAGAUGGGAGUUCCCAGUGACCAUAUGGCGGUCAUUGAUAGUCGGGCGAGGGUGUUUGGAGUUCAAGGGCUGAGGGUGGUCGACGCUAGUUCUAUGCCGGUUCUGGGUCCUGGGCAUCCUCAAUCCAUCGUUUAUAUGCUUGCAGAAAAGAUCGCUGCAGACAUUAUUCAUCACACUGCGUCAGGUGCCUGGAGUACGCCAGCUUGCUCUUGCCGUCAAAUUCGUAUUGGUUCUUUUGAUUAUGACUGGAUAUGA